GAUGAGCUGAGCGGUUAGAGCCUUCACCCCGUGGGCAGAUACUUUCUCAAUGAUGCAAGCACAUUCAUCAUGUUACAUCUACACCUGGAUGAGACCCAGUCGCUCCGUCUGGGGGCCGAUUGGAAGAUCUGAUCCCACAGAACGAGUCUUAAAGCUCUAGUUAAAACAGGCGAGGGGAGGGAUGUUGUUUACUCGAAUGCUUAUUUGUAGAGCUAGCCUGAGCUUUAUUUAUCGAUUAGUGACUUUAUAAAAUAGUGUGUUUGGUCUGAUCAACAGUCUAAAACACAGUUCGCUUUCGGAGAGGCACUAUAAGUCUAACUACUGAUCACCUGAUGGUUUAACAGCCUGUACUGCAUCAGGUGUUUGGUUAUGAAGUCCGUCUGAUUCUUCAUGUGUCGUCCCUCGAUUGUGAUUGACGCCACGCUGCGUUCUGCCCGGUAAGCAACUAAUACAGCAAAACAUGAGCUGGUGAAAUGCAGAAUCACAUCAGAUUGUGCGUGUAGUUGUGAGAAAGUUUGGCUGUGCCCACUGAGUGUGGGAAGAGAAUCAAAGCUUUAGUGUUAUGUAAGGAGAGAUUCCAGGAAGCUGAAUGUCAGGAUGGAAGCGUCUUCUUUCUCUGUACUGUAUGUCUGUCUCUUCAUCUGUGUCUUCUUCACUCACUCCUGAAAGCACUGUGUCCGUCUCUAUUUAUAGCGCCGGUGUGGGCUGUGAGAGCGACACACGGAUCCGUUUGGAUCCGCAGAACGAGUGCAAAGAGUUUGCAAACUAAUUAACGACGUUUUGCAGCUUCUGAGGAGACAGGCUGAGAGUUUAACCGUCACUAGUUGGUAGAAACAGACCUUCAGCGGUGGCGGUGUUCAGAUGGAAAGCUAUGGGACGGCUCAUGAGUUGCCAGGUAGACUCGCGGGUUAUUUCAUGUUUGUGUUUGGCUGCAGGCUACGCAGACAGACUGGUGUGUUUUCUUUCUCACACACACCCUGCAACGCUGCUUCCACACCCCAGGCAGUCGCAUUACUAAUAAACCCCAGAUCAUCAUGUCCUGGGAUGAUGAACAGCGUUGUUUCUGUGCCAGGAUUAAACCUGGAAACAAGCGUUUGUAGUUUUGUCAGCUGUGCAGCUGCGUAUCGCUGCUGUGACGUUCGCUCUCGCUAUCCACUGGACGAACUGCUUUUAGGCUCAUGUGGCCUCCUGAAAUUACGUUUUCAUCAAAGUCUGAAGCAUUCAGAACACAUGAGCAACUCUGCAACGCCUUACAGCCGUUUGCAUUUCAAUUCUAACAACUGGUGCUGCGGAUGUCGUGGAAAAUGUUGUGUUGAGGGCUCCACCAGCGACUGGUCAUGCUGAUAUUCCACAUUUGCCCAGUAUUGGUGUCAUUAUUGCUUUUUAUAAAAAGCUUGAUGAUAAGUUGAUUUAGAAAUGUGCUGCUUUGACUCAAAAUCUGAUUAGUUCCAUGCCAUGAGUAGCAGCCGAUCAGUAGCUUGUAAAAAGGCAUCAAUUAAUUUAAAAACCAUAAGUUGUGUUAAUCUGUCACUAAAACACUCAAAUCUGCAGUUUGCUGCCUUCUGAAAUGAUUGAACCUGGUUCUACCGUAUAAUCUGGUAAAGCUGCAUGUUUGUGUUUGUUUCUCUUCAGGAUGUUAGUCUGCAGUUAUGUGAGCCCAGGAGGGUUUUUCUCUUCCACACAUACACACAUACAGGUGUUUAACAGUCGCACAGGUUUGUUUUGUCACGUGGUUUUACUCUGUCAUGGAUUUUCCGGCACACAUCGGUUUAUCGUGCAGCUCCUCGACGUCCGUUUGGUUCAUAUUUGUUGUGAUUUUGCUGACAAGUGGAGGCUUCAAGCUAAAACGCAGAUAUCUGAAGUAAACAGUCAGCGCAGACUCUGGUCUUAAGCAUGUCCUCAUGUCGUCCCUCCUUGGCAGUCGCGGUUCUGCUCUGGUCAUGUGUUGGAUGAGCAGGCGGGAGGCAGAGUGAGGACGAAAGCACAUAAUUGGCUCCCACUGAGAGCGUGUAAUCCUCGGGGUUUAAAGCCAGAGGGAAACAUGCAUGUUACAUGUAGAAAAGCAUGCACACACCACUCAUAUUGCUCAGCUGCUUGGCCACCGUUUGUCCCGGAUCACAUGCUGUGUGCAACGCUGUGCAGGGGUCACUGACUGGGAGCUCAAAGCAGCCAGUGAAGGACCCUCUUUUUCAAGAGCGUAACAGGAAGUUUAUUGCCUGUCCUCCAGUGACAGAUUAAAUCCAAAUGUCGACUCUGCAGACUUGCAGGAAAAACCUUGAAGAACCGUUGACUGCUGUGAGCACCACUGUUGUAAGUUAGAAGUAAAAGCAAAUCAGUUUUUGAAAAGAAACGCCUGUAAAAGAUUUCCCUGCUGAGGAAGAGGCCACGAUCCUUGUAUUUUUGGCAUCGUGUCUUGUUGACAGCAGCUAGGGAACAGUUAUAGCUUUACAAUGGCAGCAGUGAGUUGUGCAGUUGCUGCCCAGUUGCCUGUUGUUCAGUGUGCGCUCUGCCAGGUGGGUGUGGCCCCGUGAGUCAGUAAAACAUGGCACAGAACAUUCCUGGUGUGUUUCCACUUACGCUCGGCUUUGGGUUGCAGUGAGAAGAGCGGGUUUUUUUUUCUCUUCCAGCCUACUAGCAUACUUGGGGAUGUUUACUUGCUUUAUUUGUGCGUUUUUGCUUCCAGAGAGGCUCUGCGCCUAUUGUUGUGUCGUGUUUUCUCUCUCCCUUGUGAGUGAGUCACUUCCUGUCAGGAACGCUGCCAGUUGCAGGAAGCGGCAGCAUCGCAGCUCUAUGAAAGCUCCAGCUACUCCACAGCGGCCCUAGAGUUUGAGAAGGAGCACCAGAUCGCUCCCGUGUACGAGUCGCCCAGGAUGUCACGACGGAGCCUCCGUCUGCAGACCAGCGCCGGUCACUAUGGCAACGAGAGCCCGGCCGAUUACUCCCAGAACCACAGCAGCUCCUACUCCAGCACCAGGAAGGAGACACGGACGCAGCGCAGCAGAAAGCAACAGUCCACCUCCGGCUCUCUGUCUUUAUCCCUGAGCCAAGCCGCCACGCCGAGGAAGACCCUGUCCUUCUUGGCCGUCAGCACCCCGAUGACCAACAGCAGCAGCUUCCAGGAGAGCAGCGCAGCGUCCGAAGCCUCCCAGCUCACCUCCGCCCUGGACCAGUCCCAGCUGAGGCAUCGCACCACCAUUACCACCACCACCACCACCACCUCGGUGGACGGACACUGGGGCCACAGCUCCAGCCUCGGCUCGUCGAGCGUCAACGGCGACGCCAGCGUCUCCAAGUCCCACAGCUCGCGCGCCAACGGUUACAUCUGCAAAGACUGCUCUCUACACUCCCAGAAGACGGACUCCCACGUCACACGGUCUUCAUCUUCGUUAUUGUUGUCAUCGUCGUCGUCGUCAUCUCAAGCUGCCGAAGCCUCCGCCGACGUCCUCUCCUCCUCGUCAUCGUCGCCUCUCACCAGCAUAUACACCAGAGACCGGAGUCGGAGGAGCAAGACGGGUGUCCUGGUGUCAAUAUCUAACACGUGUAUGCGCUACAGCAAACAGGCCGCGGCCCCCAUAGUGUCCUUAGUCAGCCUGCUCUUCAACAGUGUGGUCUGGCUGGGCUCGAGGGCCAAGAGCCCUCCAGGAAAAGGUGUCCUCGUGUCGUUCAUGGACUCAGUGAGACAAGCGGCUUCUUCCAGUUUGUCCCAACUGAGGCUGUUUAAGCAGAACGCUCUCCACAGGAUGACGGGCUACAGAGCCGAUGGCUAUGAAGGACAAGCUCACUCGAGUUUCUGUGGAAGCAUGAAUGUGAAGGAUCUGGUGACUGAAGACGCAUCACAUCUUAAUCUCAAUGGUUCCCUGUGCGAUGACUGUAAAGGGAAGCAGUACUCUGAGACACACACCGUCCUCCUCACACAGUCCUCCAGGUCUCAGCGCCUGGUGGGGGCGCUGUGGGGCGCCCUAGUUUAUGCAGGUCACUGCCUCCUCCAGCCGGGUUACUGUGUGGUGAGAGCCGGCAGAGCGCUGGGCUCCGGGGUUGGGUCGUCAGCUCAGAGGCUGCUGUCUCUGCUCUGGAUGCUCCUGGCAGCUCCAGUGAAGGCAGGCCGCGGCCUUCUCUGGUUUCUGGCAUCAGGAUGGUACCGGCUGGUGUCGCUCAUGUCUCUGCUCAACGUCUUCUUCCUGACACGAUGCCUGCCCAAACUGUGGAAGCUCCUGUUGCUCCUUCUGCCCCUUUUGCUCCUCCUCGCUUUAUGGCUCUGGGGUCCGUCCACUGCUGCCCUGCUCGCCUACCUCCCGGCCAUAAACCUAACCGAGUGGCGUCCUGCGUCUCCUUUGACCUUCUUGUCCCGCAUGGUGCCGGUUCCUGCUUCUGUCCCUGCAGCAGAGCCUCCGGUGCAGCAGACUCCGGCCACCCCAGCGUCACAGGCACCGCCAAUGCUUCCUCCCGUGGCUGUCUCCGGCGUGGACUUGGAGCGUCUUGAACGCGUCGAGCGCCAGCUAGCUCUGCUGUGGGAGCAGGUCCGGCAGGGAGACGAGAAGCAGGAGCAGCGUCACGGGGACAUUUUGGGUCUGUACAGCACCCUGAGGGAUCAGCUCCACAGUCAGACCGACAGGGAGAGCCUGGGUCUGUGGGUGUCGUCCCUGCUGGAGCAGAGACUCGGCGUGCUGCGAGGAGAGCUGCAGCAGGACGACGCGCUCAGAGAGCAGAGAGCAGAGCAGCAGAAACAACACCAAGAGACUCAGGCAGCACGACUGGCUGGUUUAGAAGUGCUGCUCAGCGCUCUGGCAGCUAAGACAGAGGAGGUGCAGCAGAAGCAGCAGCAGUACGAACACGAGAAAGACGAACGGCAAAAAGAGGCUGAAGCUCCUCCAGCUGAUGCUGCUGCUGUCAGUGUGGGGGUGAAGCAGGAGGAGCAUGACGCUCUGCUGGCUGAGGUGCAGAGACUCGAGGCUGAGCUGAGUAAAGUCAGACAGGACCUGCAGGCCGUCGUGGGAUGUAAGGGCAAGUGUGAGCAGCUGGACACGCUGCAGGACACGAUAUCAGCCCAGGUGUCCUCCCAGGUGCGUAAAGAGUUGCAGGUUCUGUUCUUCGGCAGCGGCGGAUCUGGAGAGGAGCAGGAGCUGCCCGAGUCUCUGGUCCUCUGGUUGUCCCAGCGUUACGUGAGCACACCCGACCUGCAGGCGGCACUGGCCUCUCUGGAGCACAGCAUCCUGAGAAACAUAUCCCUGCAGCUGGAGCGCAGCCAGGCCCAGACGCUGGGUGAGGCCGAGAGCCAAGCCCAGACCAUUGUGAAGACGAUAACUGGGACUGUCCAGCACACCUCUGCUGCUGAAGGACUGACAGAGGAGCACGUGAAGCUGAUAGUCCAGAAUGCUCUGAAGCUCUACUCCCAGGAUCGCACCGGCCUGGUGGACUACGCCCUGGAGUCUGGAGGCGGCAGCAUCCUCAGCACACGCUGCUCCGAGACUUACGAGACCAAGACGGCCCUCAUGAGUCUGUUCGGACUGCCGCUCUGGUACUUCUCCCAGUCUCCACGCGUCGUCAUCCAGCCUGACGUGUAUCCAGGUAACUGCUGGGCCUUCAAGGGCUCUCAGGGCUACCUGGUGAUCCGGCUGUCGUUGAGGAUCCUGCCGACAUCCUUCUGUGUGGAGCACAUCCCCAAGAGCCUGUCCCCGACCGGAAACAUCACCAGCGCGCCUCGCAACUUCACCGUCUUUGGUCUCGAUGAUGAGUACCAGGAGGAGGGCAAGCUGCUGGGACACUACAUAUACCAGGAGGACGGGGAGUCGCUGCAAACCUUCCCUGUUCAGGAGCAGAACGACAAGGCCUUCCAGAUCAUCGAGGUGCGAGUGCUGUCCAACUGGGGCCACCCAGAAUACACCUGCAUGUACCGCUUCCGAGUCCACGGAGAGCCUCGGCCUCAGUGACCCAGCCGGCUCCAGACACGCUCGGAUACGACAUAUCGCCCUCUCUGUACAUAGCGCUCGCCAACUUCUUUGAACCCAGCGGGACUCGGCAGGACUUUGUGGACGUUUUUGUAUGAAAGACAUGAAGACACAGGAGUUGCAGAUUGUUAAAGUAACGUGGCGAGACUGAACCACCGUGAGCGUGUGUUUUUGUAUUAUUGAAAGAAUCAAAGGAAAGUCUGAAUCAGGGCUGUCGAGGAUUGUUGAAGAGAACCAAGGAAGAAGCAGAAAGUCCCAGUCCCCUUUUCAUCAAAGGCCUCUUGCACUGAAUCAGCCCACGAGGGCGCCAGGUUCCCCCUGAUCCCCCUCUUGGCACCUUCCACUUCUACAGGAAGGUGGACACUUGAAAUGGGGGUCGCAGACUCAUCUCCACCAUUUCUUCACACACUGUAUCUCAGUCUGGUUAGGUUUUGUUUGUAAUCAUCUGUAUUUAAUGUGUUGUUUUUUUUUACCUUUUCCAAAUAGAGUGUUCUAUUUUCAGGAUCCAGACCACUGCACCUUUGCCUGAGACGCUGUCCAGGCACGUCGCUCCCUCUUGUUGUUCUCAAGUCUGUUGACUGAUGACUUCAGCUGAACUGUUUGAGCAGUCUGCAGGUCAGCCCUCACCGCGGGUGAACAGUGGACAUGUUGAUUCACUACAUUCUAGGCUUGGCUUUAUGCUUUCACACAGCCAUAACUGAGACUAUUUUGUAUUUUUGUUUUUUUUUUUGGAACUGAACACGCUGCCUAUGGACAAGCUCUGAAUGUUUUCCCACGUGGAGGCUUGAUGCAAGUUUCCUUUAACUACACAGAAACACUAUAAAACCACUGACCUGAGCUCCAUGUGACUCAAGUAUUAGGAAGCUCUUCACUAUGUACAUUAGACAAGAUAUGUGUCUGAUUAUGUUUGGACUCCGGGAUUAAUGCUAGCAUGCCACUCUUCCUGAACCGUACUCUAAACCUUUACAUGCACCGUGGAUUUAGGAGAGCGUGUGUCCUCUCCGAAAGCUGAAUAUUAUAACUACUCCUUAGACAAGAGUGUGCUUUUUUUUUUUUUUUUGUUCUGUUUCUAUCAAGACAAGAUUCUGUGUCCCUUUAGCUCAGUUAAACGUCCUCCUCACACGGACUCCCACUACUCUGAAACCCCGAAGGAAUGUAAUCUGUAUAUUUCAUUGUUGAUAGUUGGUCCUUUAUAAUAUCUACUUUUAUCAGUGUUGCUUUAUAAAAAAAAAAUCACCCUGUCAUUAUUAUUAUUAUUGUAUUACUAUUAUUUUUACUGUUGCUCGUCGUGUUUUGCUUUUUUUCCGGUUUCGUUUUGGGGCUUUUGUUGGUUUUAUCGGAGGAUGCACUGCAGCAACUUGUUAGACAAAAGUUUUAACACGGGUCGUCAUAAUUAGUUUGAAAACGGGGAUGUGUCGUCGAUUUUGGUUGCAAAUAUGGGUAAGUCUAAAAUGUUAUGUGUAAAAAAUGUUUUGUUCACAAUCUUAUUUAUUAACGAGUCAAUUAGUGGCUGCAAGAAAUGAGUUACAGCAAAUGUAUAUUUUGUCAUAAGCUGUUCAGUGCAUUUUGGAACCAUCUUGGGACUUUUUUUUAAGAUAAAUGGCUAUUUUUGUUCAGUCAUGAGAUGACUUAACUGCUUUGGAAUAUAUUCCAAUAAAGACUUUAAUUUUGAUGAAAUUCUUUGAAUAACAA